AUGUCGAAUCCAAUUCUGCCCAAAGAGGGCGAGCGCAAUAUUCUUGUGACUAGCGCUUUGCCAUACGUGAACAAUGUUCCUCACCUGGGCAAUGUUGUGGGCUCAGUGUUGAGUGCCGAUGUCUUCGCGAGAUACCACAAGGCUUGUGGCCGUCGCACACUGUAUAUUUGCGGAACCGACGAAUAUGGAACAGCAACCGAGACCAAGGCGCUGGAGGAGAAGAUGUCACCCCAGGACCUUUGCGCCAAGUACAAUAAGAUUCACCAGGAAGUGUAUGAAUGGUUCAACAUCGGCUUCGACCACUUCGGUCGCACACCCACAGAGAAGCACACCGAGAUCUCGCAGUCCAUCUUCAAGCGCCUGCAUGAGAACGGGUUCCUCGGUGAACGCACCGCUGAACAACCUUUCUGCGAGAAGCACGGUUCCUUCUUGGCUGAUCGCUAUGUUGAGGGCGAGUGCCCCCGCUGCCAUUACGAUGAUGCCCGUGGAGACCAGUGCGACAAGUGCGGUCAUCUUCUCGAUCCCUUUGAUCUUAUUAACCCCCGCUGCAAGCUCGAUGGUGCUGCCCCAGUCCGCCGCGAGACCAAACACAUUCACAUCCUGCUCGACAAGCUCCAACCGGAGAUUGAGAAGUGGGUCCACCCUGCGAUUGAGAAGGGUAACUGGCCCAAGAACUCCCGCGUUAUCACCGAGUCUUGGUUGAAGGAGGGUUUGAAGGAUCGUGGUAUCACCCGUGACCUUAAGUGGGGUGUUCCCGUCCCUCUGGAAGGAUAUGAGAACAAGGUUCUGUACGUGUGGUUCGAGGCGUGUAUCGGUUACCCUUCAAUCACUGCGAACUACACAGACGACUGGGAGAAGUGGUGGCGCAACCCGGAAGAUGUGCAGUUGUGGCAGUUCCUGGGCAAGGACAACGUUCCCUUCCAUAGCGUUAUCUUCCCCGGUACCCAGAUUGGUACCGGAGAUAAGUGGACCAUGCUCCACCAUCUGAGCACAACCGAGUACCUCAACUACGAGGGUGGCAAGUUCAGUAAGUCGCGUGGAAUCGGUGUCUUCGGCACCAACGCCAAGGAAACCGGUGUCUCCGCAGACGUAUGGCGUUACUAUCUGCUGAAGAACCGCCCUGAGACUGGUGACACCCAGUUCGAAUGGCUGCCAUUCGUGGAGGCCAACAAUGGCGAGCUCCUUGCCAAGUUCGGCAACCUCGUCAACCGAGUCAUCAAGCUCGUUGCUGCCUCCUACGGUUCCGUCGUCCCCGAGUUCUCCGUCCCCGAGUCCUUCAACCCCUUCCUAGAAGAAGUUACCGGCUACUUGCGCCAGUACCACGAAGAAAUGGAAGGCGCCCACCUGCGUGCCGGUGUGCAGACCGCCAUGCGCAUCGCCGAAGCCGGAAACGGUCUCAUUCAAGCGAACCGCCUGGACAACAAGCUGAUCGCGGAGGAGCCCGAGCGCGCCGCUGCCGUCGUCGGCACUGUACUGAACCUGAUCCACCUGCUGUCCUCCGUCUUCGAGCCCUACAUGCCUGCCUCCUCGAAGUCGAUUCUCGAACAGCUCAACGCGCCCUUCCUGGUCAUUCCCACCGGAGAGGAGCUGAAGGAGGGCUGGAAGCCUACCUCUCUGAAGGGUGGUCACAAGAUCGGCAAGGCGGCGUACCUGUUCUCGCGCAUUGAUCCCAAGAAGGCUGACGAGUGGCGUGAGCUGUUCGGUGGAUCCCAGGCCGAUCGCAAGAAGAAGGAAGAGGAGGCGGCAAAGCUUGCUGCCAAGAAGGCAGCCGCCAAGGCCAAGAAGCUGGAGAAGAAGGCGAAGGGUCGCGCUGGCGCUGGUGCCGGUGCCGAUGCCGGUGGUGUUGAGGGCUCUGCCAAGGGUGGUGCAGAGAAGAUUUCCGCUACCACCGAGGGCAAGACUGACGAGGCUGUUGAGAAGAUUGCUGAUGGUGUGGCGCAGGUUACUCUGCCUACUUCUUAG